AUGCCCAAGAAGAGGCGGACCUGGCCUGUAGGCAGUGCAGGCACAGCGCCCCCUGGAGAGCACGUGCUGGGAACGUGUUACCUGGAGGAACCAGCUCUUCACUGCGUGGGAGUGGAAGAGCACCAUGCCUUCGACAUCGAUCUGUACCACUGUCCCAACUGUGCCCUGCUCCAUGGCGCCUCCUUGAUGAAAACGCGGAGGAACUGGCAUCGACAUGACUGCACAGAGGCUGAUGACGGCUCCAAGCCGGUGCAGGCGGGGACCAGGGCCUUCGUGAAGGAGCUGCGGGCGCGCGUCUUCCCGAGCGCUGACGACGUGAUUGUGAAGAUGCAUGGUGGCCAGCUGACACACAGAUACCUGGAGAAGCAUGGAUUCGACGUCCCCAUCAUGGUCCCCAAAUUAGAUGACCUGGGGCUCAGGCUCCCACCACCGACUUUUUCUGUGGUGGACGUGGAACGUUACGUAGGUGGUGACAAAGUGAUUGAUGUCAUUGACGUGGCAAGGCAGGCGGACAGCAAAAUGACACUGCACAACUACGUCAAAUACUUCACAAAUCCUAACAGGCCCAAAGUGUUGAAUGUUAUCAGCCUUGAGUUUUCAGAUACCAAGAUGUCUGAGCUGGUGGAGGUCCCCGAUAUAGCCAGAAAACUUUCCUGGGUGGAGAAUUACUGGCCCGAUGACUCAGUCUUCCCCAAGCCCUUCGUGCAGAAGUACUGCUUAAUGGGUGUUGAGGACAGCUACACAGACUUCCACAUUGAUUUUGGGGGCACUUCAGUCUGGUACCAUGUCCUCUGGGGUGAGAAGAUUUUUUACUUAAUAAAACCAACAGAUGAGAACUUGGCCCUCUAUGAAUCUUGGAGCUCCUCUGUGACCCAGAGUGAGGUGUUCUUCGGAGAGAAGGUGGACAGUUGCUACAAGUGUGUGGUGAAGCAGGGACACACCUUAUUUGUUCCCACAGGGUGGAUCCACGCUGUGCUCACCUCUCAGGACUGCAUGGCGUUUGGGGGCAACUUCCUGCACAACCUCAACAUCGGCAUGCAGCUCAGGUGUUAUGAGAUGGAGAAAAGGCUAAAAACACCAGAUCUUUUCAAAUUUCCUUUCUUUGAAGCCAUAUGUUGGUUCGUAGCCAAAAACUUGCUGGAAACCCUGAAGGAGCUGAGAGAAGACGGUUUCCAGCCUCAGACCUACCUGGUGCGGGGCGUGAAAGCGCUGCACACUGCUUUAAAACUGUGGAUGAAGAAAGAACUUGUAUCCGAACAUGCCUUUGAAAUUCCAGACAACGUUAGACCUGGACAUCUUAUUAAAGAACUUUCUAAAGUAAUUCGAGCAAUAGAGGAGGAACACAGCAGACCAGUUAAAUCUCAGGGAAUUCCUACUGUGUGUCCGCUUUCUCGCCCCUCAAACGAAGCGGCCUCCCCAUACCACUCCCGACGGAAGAUGCGGAGGCUCCGCGAUCACACCGUGCGGACUCCUUCCAACCUGGACAUCUUGGAGCUGCACACGAGGGAGGUCCUCAGACGGCUGGAGAUGUGUCCCUGGGAGGAGGUUGUCUUGAGCCCUAAGCUGAAUGGGAAGUUCAACAAACACCUACAGCCGUCUUCCACGGUUCCUGACGGGAGAGCGAAAGAUAAUGACCUCCGAUUACUGCUGACCAACGGGAGGAUAGUCAAAGAUGAGAGACAGCCCUUCUCAGACUCGAGCCUUUAUACGGCGGACAGUGAGAGUGAGGAGGACAGAAGGAGGACGCGGAAGAUGAAAGUGAAGCUCGAAGAGCCUUCGGGACUGCCUGGGGUGGAGAGAGAAGAAUCCCAGACAUCGCUCAACAGAUUUCUUACAGGUGUGAAGUCAGAACUCAGGAACGGACCAUCAGAAUAUUCUGAUAUUUCUGAUUCGGAAGACUCUGGCCCCGACUGCACUGCACUGAAAAAUCAUUUUACCACUGAAGAGUCUGAAAGUUCAGGUGAUGAGAAGAAACAAGAAAUAACAUCCAACUUUAAGGAGAAAUCGAAUACCAUGAAGAGCUUCCUUCAGAAGACCCAGGAGCUGUCUAGAAGUGAGAUUCCUGUGAAAAGGGAAUGUCCUACCUCGACCAGCACCGAGGAAGAAGCCAUCCAGGGCAUGCUAUCCAUGGCGGGGCUGCGCUACUCGCCCUGCCCGCAGAGGCCACUGGGCACCGUGGAUGGCGGUAGCCCAGACCCCAAAGCCAUCCGGGAUGCUGGCAGCUGCCCCAGCAGUGACCAUGAGGCCAGGCCGUUGUGCCGGCCCGACAGACCCACGGCGGGCGGAUUCCACAUCAAGACCAGUGAUCAUGAUUUGAGGGCUUCUUCCUGGAUUAAACAAUUUGACACAACUUCCAGAUUGAAUCCUCAGGACCUGAAUAGAGGCCACAGGGUCCUCAAGAAGGAAGGUCCUUCAGAGCUCCCCCAGAAAGGACAGAGCAGGAGCCAUGUGGACAGCAGCGGGCUGGGCCUUCCAACCGGGAAGUGCAUGCAGAGCGCUGGCGUGGCCCCGGGCCCUUGCCAGGUCAGCAGUGGCAGCCUUAGCCCAGAGCAACCAGCCGGGGACUCAUCGUUCUCGUUGCCCCUCCACCCCACCAAGAGACCUGCAUCCAACCCUCCGCCCAUCAGCAACCAGGCGACAAAAGGGAAGCGUCCCAAAAAAGGCAUGGCGACUGCCAAGCAGCGUCUCGGGAAGAUCCUGAAGUUGAACAGAAAUGGCCAUGCACGUUUCUUUGUGUGA